UUAUUUAGCGCCUUGUCAGCAUCUAGUAUUUAAGUAAUUUGGGUGUAGCAUAUUACUGGUAACACUUUUUCAUCCUUCAAUAUCAAGAUGAAAGUUACGGCUACUUUAGAAGGCGAUCAGAUCUUUAAUCUCGACGUCAGUGUUGAUCUAGAACUUGAGAAUCUCAAAGCUCUUCUAGAAUUCGAGAUUGGAUUGUCGUCGUCCCAGAUUGUGAUUUAUCAUAACGGCCGAGCACUUGUUGAGGAAAAGAAGACUUUAAAUGCGUAUGGGAUUCGGGAGGGUGAUGUCCUAUUGAUAAAGCGCGUUGUACAAUCCGCACAACCCUCAGCUCAGUCGCGUGGAGCUGCUCCAGGUGGUAGAGUGAACUGGGGAAGUGUACAAGUACCCAACAGUUCACGAUCUGCCGGUGGUAAUCAAUCAGCCCCAAGACAGCCAGCACAACCAAGUAUGAACACAAGAAGUGCCCCUGCUGGUGGGAUAGAUUGGGGAAGUAUACAAAUACCUAACAGUUCAUCUCAUCCACAAUCUGCUCACAAUCAAGCCACCUCAGGACCUCCACAGCAACCUCGUGUAGAUACAGACAGUCCUGAGUACAUUAGGGACAUGUUCCUGGCAGAUCCCCAUCAGCUAUCACUCCUUAAGGAGAGAAAUCCAGAACUUGCGGAUGCAUUGCUGAGUGGUAAUUUACAGGCAUUUGCUGCAGUGCUUCAAAGGCAAAGACAAGAAAGAGCUGAUAAAGACAUGCAAAGAAUUCGCACCAUGAAUGCAGAUCCAUUUGAUAUUGACGCUCAAAAGCGAAUUGCAGAGGAAAUCCGUAUGUCUAAUGUCAAUCAAAACAUGGAAAUAGCCAUGGAAUAUUCACCAGAAUCAUUUGGUAAAGUUGUCAUGCUAUAUAUCAACUGUAAACUGGAUGGACACCCUGUUAAAGCUUUUGUUGAUUCGGGAGCUCAAAUGACCUUCAUGAGCUCGGCAUGUGCAGAAAGGUGUAACAUUAUGCGGCUGCUAGAUCACCGGUGGGCAGGGAUUGCUAAAGGUGUAGGAACACAGAAAAUUGUCGGUCGAGUUCAUGUUGCUCAGAUCCAGAUAGGGAAUGACUUUUUGCCAUCUUCCUUCUCUGUCAUGGAAGAUCAACCUAUGGAUUUAGUGCUUGGGCUUGAUAUGCUUAAGAGACAUCAGUGCUCUAUUGACCUGAAAAACAAUGUGCUGCGGAUUGGAACCACUGGAACAGAAACUCCCUUCUUAGCUGAGUCUGAAUUGCCAUUGACUGAUCGCCUGGCAUUUAGUGAUGAAGGGGAACAAGUGAGGAAUGCUGAGGAUAAACAGUUGGUUGAAAUAGAGGACAAAGAACUGGCAGAGGCAAUGGAACAAUCAGCUAAGGAGGCAGCGCAAGGAAACUCUUCUAAAUCUUGAUAAUAGUCCUAAUUAUUAGUUUUGAUUUAUGAAAGCAAACCACUGUCCACUCUGAAAAAUGCGCUGCCUUUUCCAUAUGCUUGUGACUUGUGACUCAUAGAGCCCUUACCUGCGAGGGGGGGCUUUUUGUAUCACAGUCUGGUUCCUUAAAAUCUUCGACAAAUAUGUAGACAUUAGUUUGGAUGGAGCAGGUGUUAUAAAUCUACUUCUCCUCUUGAAGAAUUAGUGUUUGGUGUAUUUCAUUUAAAAAAAUGUUUUUUUUUCAAAAUCUUGAUGUUGGUGCUCUUGUUUUAUACAGAAAGUGAGUUAAAAAAUAACUACCAUCAACAGAAAAUUAAUAAAUUAAUAUUGAUUAUUAUAAUUACUAAA